GAUGAGAGAGAGGAAAACCCAGUUCCUGACUCCAUGUCCCUCCUGCUGGGGUGUGGUUGCCGUGGGGUCAGUGUCAGAGGGAAUCCUCGAAAGGGACUCCUUUGGUUCUGCUUUUUUCUAGGAUUGCGUUCAGAGACUUUGUUUUGGGAUGCGGGAGGGAGAAAGGAGGUUAAAAGUGUGUCUGUGGGCCGAGCCUGGCAGGAGGGGCCAGGUCUCUGCUGUAAUAAAGAGAUUGAGCAUUUUCUCAGCACGGCAGAAUCUCGGAUCUCGCUCUGCAAGGAAAGAGCCUGGGGGAAGCGUGAUGUGAAAUGAACUAAUGCCUGUUCCUAAACUUCCACAACAGCCCUUCUUGCCCGGCCAGGUUGCAGAACGACGCUCAUGUUUCUUUCCGGUUCAUCCCGUCUUCCCAUGGGACAAGGGAGCGACAUGGCUGCAGAGGAGCCAGCUCAGGGGCCGGUGACCUUCCUGGAGGUGGCUGUGUAUUUCACCAGGGAAGAGUGGGCUCUGCUGAACCCCGCUCAGAGAGCCCUCUACAGAGACGUCAUGCAGGAGACCUAUGAGACUGUGACCUCGCUGGGGUUUCCAGUUUCCAGAACUGAUGUGAUCUCGCAGCUGGAACGAGGGGAGGAGUCGUGCGUCCCAGACCUUCAUGGCUCUAAGAAAAAAGUGCUCCCGAGAGCUGCCUGCAUAGGCAGGAUGCCCUGAGUGUGGGAAACACUUCAAGCAGAGCUCACACCUUAUUACACAUCGGAAAAUCCACACGGGUGAGAAACCUUACGGAUGCCCUUAGUGUGGGAAACACUUCAAGCAGAGCUCACACCUUAUUACACAUCGGAAAAUCCACACGGGUGAGAAACCUUACGGAUGCCCUGAGUGUGGGAAGCACUUCAUUGACAGUUCAUCCCUCCUCUCACAUCAGCGAAUCCACACAGGGGAGAGGCCCUACACAUGCUCUGAGUGCGGGAAAAGCUUCAAUCAGAGCUCAACCCUAAUCACACAUCAGAGAACGUACACAGGAGAGACCCCCUACAUGUGCUCACACUGGGCUUGACGGACCAUUGGUCUGACCCAGUCUAUGACCUGUCGUGCGUUCUUAUGGAAGCCCUCUGCGGCCUUGUCUACACGGGCAAGUUUCUGCACAGGAAAGCAGCUUU